AGCUCAUAACUCAGACUUUAAAAAAUGAAAACUUAUAUUUUUAUGAUUUUUUUAUUAAUUAAUGUUAAAAUAGGGCUUUGUGCAAAAAUUUUGGCUAUUUUUAGCAUUCCAUCUUACAGUCAUUAUGUGUUGGGCUCCACAGUUAUGAAAGAAAUGAAUAAAAGAGGCCAUGAAGUAACUUUUGUUAGCUUUUUUAAAGAGAAAGAUCCACUAAAAAAUUGGACUGACAUUAUUUUAACAAAUCCUGAUAAACACGGAUUAGGUAAGAUUUUUUUGUUAGCAAAAAUAGGUUUAAUUAUAUUUAUGAUUUUAGAGGUGAUGAAUAAAAUGCACUUUGACCAAAAAAUUUCUUCCCUCUCAAAUUAUUUUGGUAUGUUUAAUUACAAUUUUUUUUUGGCUGAAAUAACCUUUAGGGAUAAGAAAUUCAAACCUGUUCUAAAUAGUUCAUUUGAUUUAGUUGUAUAUGAUAAAUUUUCUACAAAUUUAUUUACAGCUCUGGGGUAUUAUUUUAAAUGUCCAGUUGUGCCAAUCUCAACUUUAUCAUCAAAUAUUUUCAUAAAUAAUAUCCUUGGAAAUCCCCAUUAUACUUCAUACUCACCAAAUCCCUAUUAUAGAUUACCUCCCUUUAUGAACUUAUGGGAAAGAUUUCUGAAUUGUUUCUUUGAUUUUAUUUAUACGGUAUUUACACAUUUGUAUUCCAUUCCGUUAGAAAAUAAGUUGCUUCAAGAAGUAAUUGGACCCCUUCCCCAUUUAAAAGAUCUUCUAUAUAACGUUGAUUUAUUUUUGCUGAAUUCUCAUCAUAGUUUAAAUCCAGUUAUCCCAUUGGUUCCUUCCAUGAAAGAAAUUGGAGGUGCUCACGUGAAGCCUCCAAAAAAUUUGCCUUUAGAUAUUGAAAAGUUUAUAGAAAGUAAUAAAGAAGGAGUUGUUUAUAUUUCUUUGGGCUCAGUGUUAGAUAGUAAUUUUUUACGGGAUGAACAAAAAGAAGCAUUUAUAAAAUGUUUUGCUAAUAUUACCCAAAGUGUUUUAUGGAAAUUUGAUGGAAGUCCUGGAUCCAUAUCAAAAAAUGUUAAAACUAUAAAGUGGGUUACACAGACAGAUGUUAUAGCUCAUAAAAAUAUUAAAGUUUUUAUAAGUCACUGUGGGAAAAUGAGUAUAAUUGAGUCUAUUUAUUAUGGCGUGCCACUUCUAUGUAUACCAGUUUUUGGGGACCAAUUUGUAAAUGCUAAAUAUGCAAGUUUAAAGAAAUAUGCAGUAAUAUUGGAAUUAAAGGAUUUAACUGCAAAUAAUCUUAAAGAUUCACUAAACAAAAUUUUUCACGAUACAAGUUAUAAAGAAAAUGCCAAGUUAUAUUCAAAUUUGUUUCAUGACCGUCCAAGAAGUCCUAUGGAUGAAGCAAUUUAUUGGUUAGAAUAUGUAUUACGUCACAAGGGAAUGCCUUAUACAAAAUGUAAAUCUUUAGACCUUAAUUGGUAUGAAAAAAUCUACUUGGAACCUUUAACUAUUAUUUUGUUAAUCUUGGGUUUUCUUGCUAUUAGAAAACUCAAAUAAUGUUUUAUCAUUUUUUAUAAUUUAUAAUUGAGGGGAUUAAAAAAGAAAAAGUGAAUCAGAAUUAAUAUUAACGCACUUUUAAUUAGUUGAGAAAAAGGGAGAAUGGUCGGCGACAGAAGAAUUAAAAUUUUAAAACCGCUUAGUAAUUUUUGUAUCCGAAGCAUCCAAGAAAACUGAUCUGUUUGAGUUGUAAAAGUUUGACUACUGUUUCAAACCAAGGACGGAUAAUGUAAAAUAUCCAUUAAAAUUCUCCGGAAUUAACUAAAUCUAAUUAAAAAUUGAGUGCUUUUUCAUUUCGCGAUUUGCUUAAGGGACCGUUGUCAUGAAAUAAAUUCUGAAUAUAAUAUUACUAAUUAACUGGUCUGAUGCUAAUCUCGGACUUUUACAAUCAAACCGAAUUUUUGUAUAAAAUUGUAUGACCCAUUAUAAAAUGUUGAGUGAUGAACGAAUUGCAUUUUUAAAUUUUAAUUAAAUUUUAUAUUUAAUUUUAAUUUAUUUUAUUAAAUUUUAUUUUAUUUUGACGUAGGUAAUUAUGAAAAUCAAUCUUAAUUUUAUUUUAUUAAAAUGUCCAUCUAAAAAUACCGAUUUUAUUAAAUCAUAUUUUUAAAGUCCAAACGUAAAAAGAUAUAACAAUUAACAAAAUUUAUAAACCCACAGGUCUCAAAUAUUUUUUAAUUAUUGUCAAAUUAAUUAAUAUUUAA